AUGGUGGCUGCUGAGAUGGUGGCUGCUGAGAUGGUGGCUGCUGAGAUGGUGGCUGCUGAGAUGGUGGCUGCUGAGAUGGUGGCUGCUGAGAUGGUGGCUGCUGAGAUGGUGGCUGCUGAGAUGGUGGCUGCUGAGAUGGUGGCUGCUGAGAUGGUGGCUGCUGAGAUGGUGGCUGCUGAGAUGGUGGCUGCUGAGAUGGUGGCUGCUGAGAUGGUGGCUGCUGAGAUGGUGGCUGCUGAGAUGGUGGCUGCUGAGAUGGUGGCUGCUGAGAUGGUGGCUGCUGAGAUGGUGGCUGCUGAGAUGGUGGCUGCUGAGAUGGUGGCUGCUGAGAUGGUGGCUGCUGAGAUGGUGGCUGCUGAGAUGGUGGCUGCUGAGAUGGUGGCUGCUGAGAUGGUGGCUGCUGAGAUGGUGGCUGCUGAGAUGGUGGCUGCUGAGAUGGUGGCUGCUGAGAUGGUGGCUGCUGAGAUGGUGGCUGCUGAGAUGGUGGCUGCUGAGAUGGUGGCUGCUGAGAUGGUGGCUGCUGAGAUGGUGGCUGCUGAGAUGGUGGCUGCUGAGAUGGUGGCUGCUGAGAUGGUGGCUGCUGAGAUGGUGGCUGCUGAGAUGGUGGCUGCUGAGAUGGUGGCUGCUGAGAUGGUGGCUGCUGAGAUGGUGGCUGCUGAGAUGGUGGCUGCUGAGAUGGUGGCUGCUGAGAUGGUGGCUGCUGAGAUGGUGGCUGCUGAGAUGGUGGCUGCUGAGAUGGUGGCUGCUGAGAUGGUGGCUGCUGAGAUGGUGGCUGCUGAGAUGGUGGCUGCUGAGAUGGUGGCUGCUGAGAUGGUGGCUGCUGAGAUGGUGGCUGCUGAGAUGGUGGCUGCUGAGAUGGUGGCUGCUGAGAUGGUGGCUGCUGAGAUGGUGGCUGCUGAGAUGGUGGCUGCUGAGAUGGUGGCUGCUGAGAUGGUGGCUGCUGAGAUGGUGGCUGCUGAGAUGGUGGCUGCUGAGAUGGUGGCUGCUGAGAUGGUGGCUGCUGAGAUGGUGGCUGCUGAGAUGGUGGCUGCUGAGAUGGUGGCUGCUGAGAUGGUGGCUGCUGAGAUGGUGGCUGCUGAGAUGGUGGCUGCUGAGAUGGUGGCUGCUGAGAUGAUGGUGGCUGCUGAGAUGGUGGCUGCUGAGAUGGUGGCUGCUGAGAUGGUGGCUGCUGAGAUGGUGGCUGCUGAGAUGGUGGCUGCUGAGAUGGUGGCUGCUGAGAUGGUGGCUGCUGAGAUGGUGGCUGCUGAGAUGGUGGCUGCUGAGAUGGUGGCUGCUGAGAUGGUGGCUGCUGAGAUGGUGGCUGCUGAGAUGGUGGCUGCUGAGAUGGUGGCUGCUGAGAUGGUGGCUGCUGAGAUGGUGGCUGCUGAGAUGGUGGCUGCUGAGAUGGUGGCUGCUGAGAUGGUGGCUGCUGAGAUGGUGGCUGCUGAGAUGGUGGCUGCUGAGAUGGUGGCUGCUGAGAUGGUGGCUGCUGAGAUGGUGGCUGCUGAGAUGGUGGCUGCUGAGAUGGUGGCUGCUGAGAUGGUGGCUGCUGAGAUGGUGGCUGCUGAGAUGGUGGCUGCUGAGAUGGUGGCUGCUGAGAUGGUGGCUGCUGAGAUGGUGGCUGCUGAGAUGGUGGCUGCUGAGAUGGUGGCUGCUGAGAUGGUGGCUGCUGAGAUGGUGGCUGCUGAGAUGGUGGCUGCUGAGAUGGUGGCUGCUGAGAUGGUGGCUGCUGAGAUGGUGGCUGCUGAGAUGGUGGCUGCUGAGAUGGUGGCUGCUGAGAUGGUGGCUGCUGAGAUGGUGGCUGCUGAGAUGGUGGCUGCUGAGAUGGUGGCUGCUGAGAUGGUGGCUGCUGAGAUGGUGGCUGCUGAGAUGGUGGCUGCUGAGAUGGUGGCUGCUGAGAUGGUGGCUGCUGAGAUGGUGGCUGCUGAGAUGGUGGCUGCUGAGAUGGUGGCUGCUGAGAUGGUGGCUGCUGAGAUGGUGGCUGCUGAGAUGGUGGCUGCUGAGAUGGUGGCUGCUGAGAUGGUGGCUGCUGAGAUGGUGGCUGCUGAGAUGGUGGCUGCUGAGAUGGUGGCUGCUGAGAUGGUGGCUGCUGAGAUGGUGGCUGCUGAGAUGGUGGCUGCUGAGAUGGUGGCUGCUGAGAUGGUGGCUGCUGAGAUGGUGGCUGCUGAGAUGGGUGGCUGCUGA